AUGGGCCUGUGUCUCGGCAAGACUUCGCCCUGCCCGCGGCCGGACGUCACGCCCAAGAUCGCCGGCGGCUGCCUCUGUCCCAGAGAUCCCUCUACUUGGUCCUGGGCAGACCUCCCGCCGGAGAUCACCGGCCUCGUCUUCUCCCGCCUCCCGUCACAUGACGACCGCCUCAGCUUGGCCGCCGUCUGCCACGACUGGCGCCUCGCCACGCAACACCAGCGUGCCAUGCUGCCGCCGGCGCUGCCUUAUAUCAACCUCGGCAACGGCGUCUGCCACGGCCUUGCCGAUGGCAAGGCGCGCCGCUUUGCGACGUUCAGGGGCAGCUACACCGCCAGCGCCUCAUUCGGCAGCUGGCUACUCUACGAACAGCGCGGGGGUUCCGGCCGAUGCUUCCUCCGCGCUCCUAACUCCCCAGCCAUCAAGGUUCCAUGUCUCUACGCCCAGCGCGCAUUACUAAGCGCGACCUCCUCCAUUGCAGACACCGUGGACAUGGGGGCGACCUCCUCCAUUGCAGACACCCUGGACAUGGGGACUGAUGUGAAGAUGGUCGUGUGCUCGUCCCGUCUCGUCGUCGCGAUUUUCCGCCGCCAUACAUUCGGCGACAUACUGCCUAGCUCUGGAGUCUUUAAAUGCUCUAACAUUGCUUGUUUCCGGCCGGCCCGGGCCCGGGCCUGGCAGCUGCGUCCGGCUACAUGGUCACCUGUCUCGUCUUAUGAUAAUCACCGCCGCACAAGCUAUCUCUACAUCGACAUAGCCUUCUUCCAGGGGAAGAUAUUCGCUCUCACCACCUUGGAGGAGCUCUUCUGCUAUGACUUUUUCGCCAAUGACAGAGAGAACCAGCAGCGCAUUGGUGAUCGUCUCAUCAAGCAUGCAACAGAGCAGCGACCACCUCGGUCUGACAGCUCCUACCUGGUCGUUUCAUCCGACAAGCAAAAGUUACUGAUGGUGCGGUGGAACGGGAUCUUCACUACUGAUCAUCAGCCGGCAAUGGAUCUGCGAGUGUUUGAGGCAGAUUUUGAUGAGGGCCAGUGGUCCGAAGUGAAUGACUUGGCCGGCCAGGCCCUUUUCCUCAGCAGGAAUUGCUCUAAGGCAUUUCAAGCGGGCUCGUUGGAGCAUUGUGACCUCGGCUUCCGAGGCGGAAACUGUGUGUUUGUUCUAGGCAACGAGUGGGCACAGUCAUGGAGGCGCCCUGAUGUCUGUGGUGAUCAGACUUCCAGAUAUUUGGUGUAUGACAUGGUGAGCGGCGAAACUAGUUCAGUUACACUCGACGGAGCUCCCUGCAUAGAACGUUUCAGGUCCGGAUGGUUCUUCCCCGACGAGUGA